AUGUUUCCGAAGGAAACCAUUCGAGCCACUCAUGAACAGCUUGAACAGCCACUAGAGAACGGAAAGAAGAUUGUGAUUUAUGGAAUGGACGGAGUUCCUGUUUACUACGAUAUCGAGGUUGGCAACGUCGAUGAGGAUGAGACACCAGAAUCUUUUGAAUAUGUCAUGCGGGACCCAUGCCUUUCAUAUAGGACAUAUCAGUCAAUCAUGAGAUACGACUAUAUGCACCCAUAUCUUACCUUCGCCCCGAUUGAGCUUUCUCAUUAUCGAGGAACUCGGAACAAAAUCACAAAAGAGUUUGAAAGAGAGCCCCUCGCUCCCUAUGAAGAAAUUGAGAAAGUGUUCAAUGAUAGCAAGUUGCAGUGGGAGGCAGGCGAAACGUGCAAACAGCUACGAUCCACGCUCAUGAACGCAAAGGUUCCCCUGGGCAUCGACAAAAUUGUAGGUCUUUCACUAGGACGUAUGGCUGAACAUAUGGAAGAAUAUCGAGCUAGACCCGCAGUGCAGCAUGCCAUGGUUUUAACUCUUCAGGAUGUGAUGGCGACGAAGUUAGGGUCUAGCAGUAUCAAGUGCUAUGCACAGGACCCAUGGUACAGUGAAGUCGAUAUUUCUCUACUUGAAAAUUCUGGAAUUACCAUUUUAGACGACCCCGAGGCAUGGUUGGAAAUCGAUGACUCUUCUAUUGUAUUCUCCGUUGCGUCCAACGCGCCAGUCAAGCAGAUCGUUUCGGAUAUUGCCAGGCCGGCAGUAAUAAUCUGGGAAAAGAUGAGAGAGGGGGAGAUUGACGAAGAGAGAUACACGACGGAUCCGUAUAGUCCACGGGUGAGAGACAUGCUGCGUGAUUUUUAUGACGAGUUUGAAUUUCUUCGCGACGAAGAGAACUUCUCAAAUCUUGCCAUCUUUAUUCGACGAACAGAAUCGGCCGACUGA